CUUUCUUCUUUCUUAAUAUCAUUGUUUCGGAUUCUUUUUAACUAUCUCUCUCUUAUACUCACAGUUGCCUAUUUAGUGAAUUAUGGGGAGGGGUGGGGGUGGGGAACAGGGUGGGGCCGACUAUUCGGGAUGGUCUAGGAUUCAUUUGUUUCGCUUUUGGUCAGGAAUGCCGAGUAACUACUUUUAGCUUCCUUUUCUGCUUUCUCCCCCACAGAUGAUGCCAUUGCUGAAACUUCAGCACUUGCAUAUCUCUACCUACAUAGAACUUUUUAUCACCUGGAACAAAGAGAUUUCAUCUCUGUUUCUUUGCUUAGUGAUGAAGUAUACAAAGAAAGGAAACUUAAGUGAUCUGAUUGCAGGACAUAGAGAUCUGAAGAAGAAAAUGGACCUCAUGAUAAUGGAAAAAUUCCUGGGGCAGGUAUUGGAUGCUGUGGAGUACCUACAUCGGAUGGAUGUGAUUCACAGGAACAUAAAGCCAUCCAACAUCAUAUUGAUGGAUGACAGCUACUGCAUGCUUGAGGACUUGGCUGUUGAAUCACUAAUGCUUGAUGAGGCAAAGUGGAAAAUCCGAGCCCUGGAAGAACCAUCUUUCAAGUCCUGGAUGGCUCCUGAAGCACUUGAGUUCUCAUUCAGCACUAAAUCAGACAUCUGGUCUCUUGGCUGCAUCAUCCUAGAUAUGGCCACUUGUUCUUAUUUGACCAAGCAUGAUGGAUUGACUCUCCGAGAGAAUAUUCGCGAAUCACCUCACAAGCUAAAAAAAGCAUUGCGGAGAAUUCAGAAUUAUGAGAUUGCCAAAGCUGAUAAGAUUAGUGAACUUCUGAAAGAAAUGCUUCGCAUCAAUCCAGAAGACAGAAUGGCAAUAAAGGAUCUAAUACGUUUGCCAUUUGCGAGAGACUGUUUGUUGGCUUCUGGCAUACCUAUGGCUGUAAGAAAGAAACCAUUGCCUACAUCUGUCAUGGACACCCUGUUGCAAGGAGGACUCCCAAGUGUAUUAGAGGUAAUGAAUUGUUUCUUGGACAGACCAGAGAUGCAGCUCAAGGCAUUAGAACAUCUUUUGGCUUUAGUUGACCAGAAGGAAGAUCUCCCAUGGAUUUUAGAUUUGGUGGAAUCAGUGGCAGCCAUCAUCAAGAAUCACCAGGACGUCAUUGAGAUCCAGAAGUGUGGCUGCAAGUUGCUGCUCAAAAUUCUGGGCCAAACCCUUUUAUACCACCCAGAUGAUGUGCCAAGCGGAGAAGAUUUUAUCAAAACCCUGCUUUCUACCAUGAGAAGUUACUCCACAGAUAAAGAAUUGAUCUCUAUGGUCUGCCAAAUGCUGAUGAUUAUUUCAUCCAAUGAAGCUUCAUUGGCGCAUCUCCAGAACGUAUGUACAUUUGGGGAAAUCAAUGAUUGCCUGAAUACUUUCCCGCAUGAUAAGGAGAUUUGCUUAUCUUGUCUGGGCCUCCUCUGGAGCCUCACAGUGAAAGCUGUCAUGGUAGACAAGACACCCCUAAAGGAGGCUGUGGGGCUCAUCCUGAAGAUCUUGGAAAUCUACCUUGAGGAUGGAGAGAGAGCAGAAGCUUCCUGCUCUGCCCUCUGGGUGCUGUCCUUACAAGGCUGCAUAGAGGGUUGUGAUUAUGAGCAUGUGACGCUACUGUUGCUGAAAUGUAUCCAGUUGCAUUCGAAAAGAGCUAUCUUGGUGAAUAAUGCCUUCCUGGGGCUGGCCAACCUGGCAAGGAUGUCAGAGCUGGCAGCCUUUCGGAUUGUGGUGAAUGAUGACAACAGUCCUGGGGUAUCCUUGAUCAAGGAAAUUUACCGCUCUCAUUGGGAUGAUCCAGAAGUGGUAGAGAACCUGUGCAUGCUGCUGUCAGAGCUUGUUUCAUAUGAUGAGAUUGUGCCAGAGUUGUUCUCUAAUGAGAUACAUAAAAUGCUGCAGGAAAUUGAAAUAAGGUUUACAUCAAGUGAGGAGCUCCUCAAGCUUGCAGGCCUAGCACUUAAGAAAAUGAAGGAGUCACGUUUUAAAAGAAGAUUCCAAAAGACCUUUUAAUGCAGAAAUUUAAAAGGCCAUUAGGGAAAAUACUUGUCCUAUCAUGCAACACCAUACUUGUACCAUCUUGGGUUGAACUCGAAACAAUUAAGAUCCUGCUCUUUUAUCACCAUAUAGCCAGCAGAUGUGCUCCUUUUCCUUAAUUGUAUAGAAUUUUAUAAGAACUGAAACCCUAAAAGCAAUCUAUGACUCUGACAAGAAUUCAGAAAUAUAUAAUAAAGAGAAAUAAUUAAUUUCAUUUAUCUUUAGAUGGCAUAAAAUUGAUAAAACUUUUGACUCUGAAUUGGAUUCAGGGUUCAAAGGAAAUUCUGAUCAGUGCUCUGGCCAGAUGGUUGGCUAACUCUUUAGAACCUGAGGGUUAAGUGUAAGUCUCUGAUUAAUUUCCAUGGAGAAUUUUUUGGAGUUAAUGUUUAGGAAAAAAAAAAAUCUUGGUCAACUAUUAAUCAUUCUAAGCAAAGAAAAUGAGGACAAAAUCAACAAGAAAGUUCAUUUAAAAAGUGCAAACUAGUAUUCACUUCAAAUAAUAUAUCUAGUACAAUUACACAUAAUUUUUAAAAAUCCUAUUUGCAUUGUCACCCAGAAAAUUUGGAACAAUGAACAGUCCUUUGACCUAGCACAUUUUAAUUUGCACAGUAUGUCUUUUUAUAACUCCUAUUAUAAGGAAAAUAAGCUCUCAGACAUUCUGAACAACAUCUAUCAAAUGGACCCUUUG